GUGUAAUCACUGAUUGUAUUCCUAGUACAAUUGCGGUCGCGCUCAUUUUAAUUAGUAAGGAGAAGUUGCUAGUGCAAAGGAAUUUAUUGUUUAUUAAAUUAUUUAGUGAAAAAUGAUUUGUGCUAAGUGUGAAGGCAAGUCUGUGCAAUCAGCUAAAUGUGUUUUGAAUGCAUUGGAGAGUUUGAAAGUGCACUUUCAAAUGAUACAAGGCUUUUGCGAGGACAAUGCAAAUACGAUUACACUAUUAAAACAACGCAAUGAGAAACUGCACAAUGCCAUCGACAUGUUGCAGCAACAGAAGGAACGCAGCAUCAAGUGCAGCCCCAAGCGUCGCAGGCCAUCACCCAAAAAGCCGCGCCUGGAUAAAAUGCCACAGACUGAAUCACCAAAAAUGCCUGAAAGUCAAAGUUCCUUGAACAUGAACAUAGCUCUGCAGCCGGAUGACGAGGAGGAGGAAACUAUUACGGAAACGGAGCCAGCCAUCAGUCCCUACAAGCCAUGGGCAACACGACGUAAGCUAAACAAGACAAACUGUGAGAAUGAACAACCGGUUGGUACUGCAAAGAUCAUAGACAAUAAGAAUGAGUGGUGACUAAAUUACCAAAGGACAAAUUGCCGGCACCAAAGGACAAAAAUGUCAUUAACACUGCGCAGCGAUUCCCCCAAAUUAAAGCAAACGCGUUUGCAGUUUGACGGCAACAACUCAACAAGAAAUGCUACCAUAGAUAAAGAUGUUAUCGAGUCCAGUCCCAAUUUGUAUUCUACACUACGACAUGCCAAGCAAUCACGUUCGCUCUUGCAGAGAUCCGACAUCAGCAACGCCUUCGACGUCAGCGCCAUCGCAAGCAUAUCGACGAAGAGCGAGAAUAAGCCUGUUUUCGAUAUGGACGACGAUGAUUCGUUCUUUGAUCAAUGUCCAGAUCCAUCAGUGCCUAAGCCUGUUGAUGCCUUGCCUCCCUUAAGCGGCAUUUCAGAUUCAUCUAGCGUUGUAAUGCUGCCACCGCCCACACAGGAGAUUGUGUUCAUUGACGACAGCAUUGAUGAAGCUAAUCCGGCUUUAAACACCAUGGAUUUUAUGGCAGAGGUGCUUAAAGCAGACGAUAAAGCUUCGACGACCAAGUUACAAGAGUUUGAAGCUAAACUUAUACGGGAUCAACAAAAAGCAGCAACCACCUUAAAAAUGAUAGAGCAUCCAAAAUCAGCGAACACUUUAAAAAGGAUUGAUCAUCAAAAAGCGUCGACUAGCCUAAAAACAGGGGACCAGAAAAAGGCUGCGACUAGUACAACAAGUGGCAACAGGGAUCCACAAUUAGCAGACACUAAAUUAAAAGCCAAAGUGCCAGUGAAUGUCAAGCUAGAGCAGUUUACAGAACAACCAAACGGAAUGGGCAAUGAAUCCACCAAGCUGCCAGAAGAUUUUGAUAUUGAGGAUGAUGAGGAAGAAGAGGAGGAAGAAAUAUUUCCACGUCCCAUUGUAGUUAAGGAGGAAAAAGAGGAGAGCUUGAAGGAAAGAUAUAACAUCGAUUGCGAUCAGUGUGAAAAGUUCAUAAAUUUCAUGGGAGCCAAUAUGACUGACCUUCAGAUACGUGAAUAUCUGUGCAAUUGCCGGCAUAUCGAUCACCGCGAAUUAGAUCACAAUACGCCCGAUGGCUUUUGGAAUCCACAUAUGGUAUCGUUUGCCGAAGAUGAUCCUCGUAACAAAGUGCACGUUGAUCGACGCUUUGUGAAUCAAGCAAAGAAAUAA